UCAUUAAAAACUUAAUAACAAUAACAAUUAAAAACAAACGUCAAUCAGAAGUUAAUGUCGUGUAAAAUGUCAUACGUAUUAUUAAAAUUAUACAAACCUAAUAUUUACUGCAUCACUAGAUCUAUCCACAAUAGAUGCAGGAUUGGCUGCAGGGACGUGGUGGGCCAUGGUAUCAACGGCAGCGCAGCGUAUAGAGAUGAUCCACACUUUCCAUUCCCUAGUGUAAGAUUCAAGGAGAACACCAAAGAUAUUUGUGCUCUGCGUGAAAAAGAAAAAGGUGAUUGGAGACAGCUGUGCUGUGAGGAAAAGAAGUCUCUCUACCGAGCGUCUUUCUGUCAAACGUUCGCUGAAUUCCAAGCCCCGACUGGCACGUGGAAGUUUGUUGCGGGUUGGGUGUUCAUAGUUACGUCUUUUGCCUGGUGGCUUGCGAUGUUUUAUCAUCACUACGUAUACGAGCCACUGCCGGCGUCGUUCUCAAAACUAGCUCAGAAAGCGCAAUUACGACGAAUGCUGGAGCUCCGGGUUAAUCCGAUAGAUGGAAUAUCCUCUAAGUGGGAUUAUGAUAACGAUAAAUGGAAGGUAAAAUCAAAGCGACAAUCAUAUCCUAGCACAAGCCCAGAGCUUAGUUGGAUCGGUUACUAG